UCUUUUAGUAUAAUUAAGUCAAUUCGAAAGAUAGAAAAGGAGAAAAGGAUUUCAAAAUGAAAUUAGUAUUUUUGUUUUUGGGCAUUUUAUUUGCUUUUUCGAUACAAAACUCCUAUCAAUCGCCAAUUGCUUCAAGUGAAGCAUCAUCAUCAGAUGGGUCUGAUAGUGAGGGUUCUGGCAAUGGAGAAGACACAAGUUCCUCUUCUACCAGCACUACACCAACCACUUCAACAAGUUUGACUCCCAGUAGCGAUGUAACAAGUUCUUCCUCCAGCAGUUCUACUACAAGUUCUUCUAGUAGCCCUGCAACAAGUUCCGCUAUUAGCCCUGCCAGCAGUUCUUCGACAAGUUCUUCUACUAGCCCUGCAUCGAGUUCUUCAUCCAGCAGUUCUUCUACUACCACUGUACCAAGCUCUUCCAUAAGUUCGUCUUCCAGUACUUCAGAUAUUUCUUCUACUAGCCCUGAACCAAGCUCUUCAACAAGUUCUUCCUCUAGCUCUUCUACAACUCCUGCACAAAGCCCUUCACCAAGUUUCUCUUCCAGCACUUCAGAUAGUUCUUCUACUAGCCCUGCACCAACUACCAGCACUUCUCCCAGUUCAUCGUCUAGCACUUCAGCUAAACCCGCUGCAGAUAAAAUUCCAGAAAAACCAAAGAACGAGAAAAACCAGGAAAAAGAAAAGCGUAAAGAAGAAAAACAUGAAAAACAUGAAGAGGAAAAGCGUGAAAAGGAAAAGCGUAAAGAAGAAAAACGCGAAAAACAUGAAGAGGAAAAACGUGAAAAAGAAAAGCGCAAAGAGGAUAAACGUGAAAAGGAAAAGCGCAAUGAAGAGAAACGUGAAAAGGAAAAGCGUAAAGAGGAGAGACGUGAACAACACGAAAAGGAAAUGCGUGAAAAACAUGAAAACAAAAUGCGUGAAAGACUGGAAAAGGAAAGGCGUGAAGAGGAAAGACACGAAAAACAUAGGUUUCAUUAAUUCUAUUAAUUCAUUUAUCAAUUCCAAUAUAUUUUUUAAACAUUUAAUUAUUAAAAAAAAAAUUACAUAAAAUAAAAAAUUAA